AUGCCAGGGACCAAGCGAGACCACAACGGCAUGGAGGUUGUUUCCAAAUCGACAGAGGAGGGUUCGCCAUUUAUUCCCAUCUUUGAAUCCUUCCGCACAGAACUUGAUGAGCAUCAUGAUCGAAGGGAGAGGAUCAUCAAGGCAUCUCGAGAUAUUACUGCUCAGAGUAAGAAAAUAAUCUUCGCACUACAGAGAGUCCGCGAAUUAGGUCGACCAAUCCACGCAUCCAUCACCAACCAAAUCAAGCCGAUGUACAGCACGAUCAACGACCUAUUCACAGGGAUCAUCCCGGAUCUCCAGGGCAUCAAUGCCUACCGGUACCGGUCGAACAUCACGGGUGGCACCCAAGAGUUCAUGGAAGCGCUACUGUUCCAGCAUUACCUCGAGACCCAACACUUGCUUGACUACGAGGGUGCGGCGAAAAGACUUCCCGAGGGUAUCCUGCUCACGUAUGAGGACUACGUGCUAGGGGUCUUCGACAUGACGGGCGAGCUAAUGCGGUUCGCGAUCACCUACAUGGCGACGAACGGGAGAUUGCCGGGGAGUAGCGGGAGCGGCUCAGCAGACUCGUCUAUCUUGACCGACAUGCAACAGCUGAGGAUGGAACUGGAAGGUCUCGACACGGGCGGGAGUUAUGCACUGAACAAGGAGUUUGCGCAGAAACUCAAGACGACCCGCCAGUCGACGGAGAAGAUUGAGAGUGGAGUGUACAGUAUGAUUGUGCGAGGAAAGGAGAGGCCAAAAGGCUGGAGACCUGAUGUGUCACUGUCGGAUGGGCCGAGGGAUAGUGAGGCUACUGAGGCAUAUUGA